CCGCGUAUAUAAGUGGGCUGUCUUUGUGCCUCAGCCUGUUCAGUUUGUCUGAGCGCUGUCAUCAUGUCUGGUCGCGGCAAAGGCGGGAAGGGCCUGGGCAAGGGCGGCGCCAAGCGCCACCGCAAGGUGCUGCGCGACAACAUCCAGGGCAUCACCAAGCCCGCCAUCCGGCGCCUGGCGCGGCGCGGCGGCGUCAAGCGCAUCUCCGGGCUCAUCUACGAGGAGACGCGCGGGGUGCUCAAGGUGUUCCUGGAGAACGUGAUCCGCGACGCCGUCACCUACACGGAGCACGCCAAGCGCAAGACGGUCACGGCCAUGGACGUGGUGUACGCGCUCAAGCGCCAGGGCCGCCGUGCCAGCCCUCUCACUCAUCCCCAGUUUAACUUCUCGUCCUUUGCAAUGGCUCGGACCAAGCAGACGGCGCGCAAGUCCACGGGCGGGAAGGCGCCCCGCAAGCAGCUGGCCACCAAGGCGGCCCGCAAGAGCGCGCCGGCCACGGGCGGCGUGAAGAAGCCGCACCGCUACCGGCCCGGCACCGUGGCGCUGCGCGAGAUCCGGCGCUACCAGAAGUCCACGGAGCUGCUGAUCCGCAAGCUGCCGUUCCAGCGCCUGGUGCGCGAGAUCGCGCAGGACUUCAAGACCGACCUGCGCUUCCAGAGCUCGGCCGUGAUGGCGCUGCAGGAGGCGUGCGAGGCCUACCUGGUGGGGCUGUUCGAGGACACCAACCUGUGCGCCAUCCACGCCAAGCGCGUCACCAUCAUGCCCAAGGACAUCCAGCUCGCGCGCCGCAUCCGCGGGGAGCGGCUCUCCUUGCGGCUGCGCUUGCGCUUCUUGCCGUCCUUCUUCUGCGCCUUGGUCACCGCCUUCUUGGAGCCCUUCUUCGGGGCGGGCGCGGACUUGGCGGGCUCGGGCAUGGAGGAGAUUGAGGUUAUAAAUAAGAGCGAGGACAACAGAGGCUUCAGUUGCGAACUGUGUUUGCGAUCAGUCCUCAUGGCUCGUACGAAGCAAACAGCCCGCAAGUCCACGGGCGGGAAGGCGCCCCGCAAGCAGCUGGCCACCAAGGCGGCCCGCAAGAGCGCGCCGGCCACGGGCGGCGUGAAGAAGCCGCACCGCUACCGGCCCGGCACCGUGGCGCUGCGCGAGAUCCGGCGCUACCAGAAGUCCACGGAGCUGCUGAUCCGCAAGCUGCCGUUCCAGCGCCUGGUGCGCGAGAUCGCGCAGGACUUCAAGACCGACCUGCGCUUCCAGAGCUCGGCCGUGAUGGCGCUGCAGGAGGCGUGCGAGGCCUACCUGGUGGGGCUGUUCGAGGACACCAACCUGUGCGCCAUCCACGCCAAGCGCGUCACCAUCAUGCCCAAGGACAUCCAGCUCGCGCGCCGCAUCCGCGGCGAGAGGGCAGUUCGCUCAGCCACCAUGUCCGGACGCGGCAAAGGCGGGAAGGGCCUGGGCAAGGGCGGCGCCAAGCGCCACCGCAAGGUGCUGCGCGACAACAUCCAGGGCAUCACCAAGCCCGCCAUCCGGCGCCUGGCGCGGCGCGGCGGCGUCAAGCGCAUCUCCGGGCUCAUCUACGAGGAGACGCGCGGGGUGCUCAAGGUGUUCCUGGAGAACGUGAUCCGCGACGCCGUCACCUACACGGAGCACGCCAAGCGCAAGACGGUCACGGCCAUGGACGUGGUGUACGCGCUCAAGCGCCAGGGCCGCACCCUCUACGGCUUCGGCGGCUGAGCCUCCGGCGACCGGCUCCUGCAGCGAAACCAAAGGCCCUUUUCAGGGCCGCCCACCCCCUCUCGGAAGGGCUGAGCGCGGAUUUUCGUGUUUU